GAAGCUGCGUGGUUUGAAUGUCCUGCAAUUGCCUACCGUGACCUUUAACCCAUCAAUGGGAUUACUUCUUCUGGCGGUAUCGCAUCCGUGCUUGUUCCUUGAGUAGGGUAAUAUCUUUCACCGUUCUCACACAACACACGGACUGGAAUGUUGCUCUUUCGGACCGACAAGUCACUCUCGACAUUUAAAUAGCUAGAACGUUCCGUCAUGUAUAUAAUGUCUUGCCUCUUUCUUGUUAAACCUUCGCAAGACAUCUUCCCUUCCUCUCACUGGUUCUUGGUCGGCUGGCGAUUUCCCACGUGGCCUUGGAUCGUUUGUCAUGGCACCUCCUGGCCCCGACUUCUUUCUUGGUGGUACCCUUGAAGUCAGAGUCGAAUUGUUUAGCCAAGCAAGCUAUUUGGUCGACGUUGCCCGGCAGCAUACCACACCCCUUCGUCCUGGGGCGACCCAUGGCUUCGAUGAAGCCCUCGAAGUAUCGGAGGAACUGUGGAGGAUCUUUGAGGUCGAAACCUUUAUUCACCAUCCUCACGUAGGCCAAAUACAAGAGGGUCUAGGUACAUGCAUGGCAAUUCGGCGUUUAUCUCGCUCACAUGGAAUAUUAGCGUCUUCCAGCCGCAUUAGAAGAUUAUCAGAACCUUUGGCAACGGCGGGAAUCCCAAUUCUUUGGCUUACAUCGCAUGAAAGUGAUUUUAUCUUGGUUCAAGCCAAGCACUUGGAUCAAACCCUUCAGAACAUGAAAGCGGCUGGUUACACUUUCACGCACCAAAAUGAUUAUGGACUACCACCCCGCGACGACAAACCUGUGAUUGUCGAAGGGAGGCGAUUCUUCGGCGAGGCAAUGAUCCACAAGCAAUCUAUUGAGGAGUUGGACCAUACCUUCUGGUCCCCUUCGAGAGGUUCUUAUGGGAACAUUGCCGUUAUCCCAGAGGGGCGCAAGAUAGCGGAGGACUUGGCGGAUGCUCGAGCUGAUGCGACAGGUUUGCGUCGACCGAAGCUGAGUCUAUCAACAAGACCACGCUCCUCUUUUGGAAAUCCACCCCUAUCUCCAACCAUCAAACGUAUCACGUUGCCCUCCCCUAGCCCAUCCGUGAAUAGUGCUAUAUCGAUAUCAGGUCCACCUGCAGUGUUCGGCAUUGUCGGUGUCAAACGUUGCCCAGGCACGCUGACCAAGUUGCUGCGCUUGUUUCUGUUUCCUGAAGCUAUCCAUCCAUUUCUGGACCAACCGAGAAACUCACCAGAUCAAGCUUCGCUAGAGAGCAAACUUCGAGGAUUAAAUCUUGAUGUCAUGUCUAAUGUGAGGGAAAGCUCCCAUAAGAUCUCAGCAUCCCCGGGCCCUUCCCUCUAUUCUCCUCCGCUGAGCCCACCAGCCGCAUCGUUGUCGCCCGGAUCGCAAACCCGAAGUCGGUCAGGGUCUCAUAUUAGCGUCAAGCGGCUUGGAAGAUUGGAGGCUAGCGUUCAAACACUUCCUUUCUGCUGUUACAUCAGCGCUCGACAAGUCCAAACUUUAGUCUCGGACGUUCAUACUCUUGCGAUGUUGUUUCCAAACGAGAACGAUCGGUUUGAGAAGCUGCAGGGUGCUUCUGCUGCUCACUGGUUCGAUGACUUCCCACGCUACACCGAUAAUUUUACGGAAUACCAUGAUCCUUCGGAUAUCUCUGACGGAAGAAGCAGGGCGAGAGGGAUGGAAAAAGCGGCGACAAGGAAUGAGACGUAUCGAUGCAUCCAAAUUGAUCUACGCGAGUUUGAACUUGAUAAGGUCGGCGUGAUAAGCCAUUUGUCCACGUUACUGCACAUGCGUAGCAUCAACCACGUUUUCUUUUCCUCGUUUAAGACUACCACCAUCUUGAUUCCGUGCGAAGAUGCAGAGGAGGCACUUAGUCUGCUGACCUCAGCGGGUCUUUACUCUAUAGGAUAGAGAGGAAUGUAUUACUUUAUAUACGAGUCCUGAAAGGCUCCCAAUGGCUCCCACAACGAAUCCGCCAGGUCCCGGGUUUGCAAACGAGGUUGAUGUGUUUCGCAUUGCCGAGGUGUCCGUCAUAUGGGUUUGUCGGCGGAUUCGCACCCCAAUACCUGGGACAAUGUUACCGUUCUAACGUACUCAACUAAAAGUGCAGCUGACAAGCUCUUGUGACCUCUCUCGACCAUGAUCUUCUCCUCGCCAUUGGAAGAAUAGUAGCUUCAUUAUUUAAGACAAAUUGAGUCUGAAAGCGUGCAGAAAGGGGGUUCAUGCGUGC